CAAAGGUGAUUGCUGUGCGUUUCCCGGUGAGUGGCGACCCCAACAAUCAAGUGAUCGGGCAGGAAGCUGGGGGGGAAUUGAAUUAGUAAAGCAAUGAAAGGCGUCUUAGCGGCGCCGGGAGAUUAUGUCCACUUCAAGUCCCAAGUUCCUCUCCAUAAGAUCCCCAUUGGAUCAAAGCAGUGGCGAUACUAUGAUUUUGGUCCCAAAACGGUUCCUCCUCUUAUUUGUCUUCCUGGAAUAGCAGGCACCGCGGAUGUCUACUACAAACAGAUUAUGGCACUGUCCAUGAAGGGAUACCGGGUGAUCUCUAUCGAUAUUCCACGUGUUUGGAAUCAUAUAGAAUGGAUUCAGGAGUUUGACAAGUUCUUAGAUGUCAUCCAUGUUCAUCAUAUGCAUCUCUAUGGUACAUCUCUUGGAGGCUUCUUGGCUCAAAUAUUUGCUCAGCAUCGUCCAAGGCGGGUGAGAUCAUUGGUCCUGUCAAAUACAUUUUUGGAUAAUCGGAGUUUUGCAGCUGCUAUGCCAUGGGCACCUUUGUUAGAAUCUAAAUUCAUGAACUUACUCCUUAAAGAGUGUCAUUUCCUGAUGGUUGAAACACUUUCGAAGGAUGAUCUUGCAUCAAGGCUGAUAUUGAAUGUUGAUGCCACAUCAGUUGGAUCUCUUCUCCUUUCAGAUCAAUUCAUCACUAUCAUGGAUGGGACCGGUGGAAGUCGAAGCAGAGAGAAAGAUGAGAAGGAAGAAGAUGAUCGAGAUGGUCAAUCAAAAGAUGGAGGGAACUCUGCAGAAAGCUCUUCUUCAGGUAGCGAUCCGCUGCCUUUGCCUCCUCCAGAGAGUUCUGAAUCACAAAGCACCUGCACCAGUGUUGAUGAGCUCCUCAACAAGGCUGUUUUGACCGCACGGAGAUAUGAUGCAGCGGAGGCAUUUGCUCAUCACUUGGUUGCCUCUUGCGUGGGAUAUGUGUACAUUUGUUUGAACUAUGGUUCGGAUUUCAGGCAAAUGCUGAUGUAG